AUGACGAAAGUGCUCAUCACCCUCUGCAUCCUCGGCGCUCUCCAAGCGACCGCUGCAUUUCAGAACGAAACGGGGAUGCCUCUGACCUGUUUCUAUUGCAAAUCUGGGCAAAGCUGUUUCCACAACCUCCCCCAGAUCUGUUCUCCGACCCAGGACGCCUGCAUCAUCGUUCAAGAACACAACACGCUCAGUGACAUGUGGAAUGGAGGCACGUACCAGUCCUGCGCCGACUCCCGCCAGAGCCUCACGGGCUUCCUGGCUUUUUACUUCGGGGCCACAGUGACCGUGGAGAUCCGUUCCGAAAUUUGCAAGACCAAUGACUGCAACGCCCAUUUAAUGCCCAUCAGGCUGGCUAUCAGCAAUGUCCGCAAUGGCCUGCAGUGCCCGGCCUGCUACGCCCCGGGCUUCGAGAGCUGUGAGAGCAAUGAGAGCUUGCACUGCACCGGAGGUGCCAACCAAUGUGCUGUCAUCGUCGGGACGCUGGCGCAAGGUGGUGUCGCGAUCCCGUUUGCAGGCCGGGGCUGCGCUACCCAGGCGGCCUGUGAAAUCAAGACGCUGGAAUCGGGGGUGUUCACCUACAAACUGACCAAUGUCCAAUGCAGCCCAGCACCCAAAGCGCAGACCAGCAGUGCCACCCCGACUCUGGCCUGGGGUCCCUUCACCCUGGGCAGCAUCGUCCCCCGGGUCCCCCUUUUCCUCCCUGCCCUUCUGGGGCUAUGCCUCUGCUGA